CGCGAGUCUCGAGUCUCCUUUUCUGAUCCCACGAAUCUUUAGUCCAAGAUUUGAUUUAUCUGUAACCGCUUAUGGGAUCUGUCAUGGUCUCAAAAUAGAACUUGAUGCAAGGUGGUGGUCUUGUCCGAUGCCUGGGGCGGGUAUGCAAGCAUUUAUCCGGAUCGGGUCGGAAAGAUCAGACGAACCGCUGCGUCCCCAAGAGCUGCUGCCCUCAGACCCCAUGCAAUUGCUUACCAUUCAAAAUUCGAAUGAGCAUAAUUGGUAAGUGAGCAUUAAUAUAUGUUGUCCAUAACCAACAACGUCUACCCCUCAAACGGAC